GCCCGCCCCUGUGCCCUGAGGGUGGUGAGGCGGUGGGUUCGCGCUCCGCGAUCUAAAGGGACAUGAGAGAAACAGAAAAAAAGAUCAUGCAUAGAAGAAACAGUUAUAUCCAUGGAUCAUAAACCAUAAAAAUGGAUGCCCAGAGGUGAGUGAGCAUUUCUCUGGCCAGAACAGGAAGAUCUAUGGACAUUCUUGUAUGUGGAGGAGGACUCUCACUAAAGGAGACAGUGCCACAGAAGAACCCAAUCUGGGACUUAACCUGGGAUGCAAAACAUGAAGUUCCUGUUUUCCAGCUCUGCUACAGCCAUCAUAAGCACCUUAAAUCUGGAUUAAAUUACCUACGAACUGCUGUAAUUCAAAAAGAAAAUACAGCUGCCAGAGCAGGAAGGUGUGGAGGAGCGGAGAGGCGGCCCCCAUCAGAGAGCUGCGGCGUGUGACCCCCUGUGCCCGCACCGCGCUCCGCUGCCCGAGUGACAGGUCCCGGCUCUCGCCGGCUCUUCCAGCGGCAGCUCCUCCCUUCUGGCCAGAUGGACAGCACAGCUUGGACUUGGGCUCCGGGGGACCCGGCUCGGGGCAGAAAGCAGCCUUUUAUAGCCGGCACGCCGGGCUGCGGCUCACACCUACACACUCCGCUGCCGAGCACAGCGCCGCUGCCCGGACCCGCACCCCCGCCCGUCGCUGCCCAUGGCGCCGCUGCCCCCGCUCCUGCUGCUGCUGCUGCUGCCGGCGGCCGUUUAUAAAGGCACUUUUGGGGAAGCCCAUUUGAGAAAUCGAAGAGGAAUUCUGGAAUUGGCUGGAGCCAUCAGAUGCACCACAGGGCGCUCUCCCUUUGCCUACCUGCGCUACGGAUGCUACUGUGGCCUGGGAGGAAAAGGAUGGCCCAAGGACAGAGUAGACUGGUGCUGCUUUCACCACGACUGCUGCUAUGGGAGGGCAGAACAAGCAGGUUGUCAGCCAAAGACUGAAAGUUACCACUGGGAAUGCAAAGACAAUUCCGCUGUGUGUGACUCACUAGAAGAUACAUGUCAAAAAAUGGCAUGUGAAUGUGACCGUGAAGCUGCCAAAUGUUUUUCUAAAGCUCCCUACCAUAGAAAAUACCUUUUGUGGCCAGACUUUAUGUGUGGUGAGAUUCAGCCUUUGUGCAGAUUCACAGAUUUUUCAGAUUGAUAAUAUCAUUCGCUGCGAACUUACCCCCCCUCCACUGGCUAGAAGAUACAAAUCAAACUUCUCCACUAACAAAUCUUAGCAUUUGUUAACUUUGAACUGGCUGGAAAACAUUCAUGAAGUGACAGUGUCAGCACAAAGAGCCCUCUCAUCUACAUUAAACACUUACUACAAAGCCUAAUUUAAGUGCUGAAUUUCAUUCACCUGGAGUAAUGCUACCUGCAUUGAAGAAUCAUUUAAUCAGGUUUUUUCUAGAAUUUACUUUUUAAGUAGAGUUUUCUAAACAGCUGUUUAUUUUAUAAGGCUCAGACUCCUUACUCUAUGUACACCCUGAAUUCCCUGCAAGCACAGGGAGGAAUUCUACUCUUAGAAUUUUAGAGUCAGAUUUAAAAAUGCAAAUGCAAACCAUCACCAAAACAAAACAUGAAAAAAAUUUAGAACUUGUUGGGACCAACUGGCUUUCCCACAAGUUAUGAUCCUGCAUAGCAACAGUUUAUGAAGCUCAGAAGUGUAUACACCUCAUCAGGAUGUAAAGAUAGGGUAAUUUCACAGAUAUUUGUCAUCCUUUGGGAAGAGAAAUCAGUACCCUGAACUGAUGAAUAAUACACUUUUUUGUAUCUGCUGAUUUCAACACUUAUAGAAGUGUUUCAUGUCUGCUUUCAC